CUCACCUACUUAAAUCUAAUUACUCUAUAGCAUAGCUGCGAAAAAAACUGCACAUCAUUAAAUUAUUUGAGGCGUCAGACAUGUUGUUCUAAAAAGGCCAAUAUACAUGCGUGGAUAGUAAUUAAAUCAAAAACAUUAAUGUGCAACAUUUCAACUUUAAUGCGAGACUGAUUGCGUGGGAGUUUGAGUGCAUAUCUUCAGAAAUAAGCAAAUAUACACACAUGCCUACCAACCUUCUACUUUAGUUCUAAUGCGAUAUCCUCCAGGAAUCUGGAAAUGUGACGGACGUAGCUAUAAUACAUACUUAUGUGUUCCUUCGUUUUAGUUGGAAAACUUAAUGAUGGAUACACGAUGAUAGAUAGAAAUAAUUGAGUUUGUAUUCAUUACAACAUUGAAAUUCUGUCGACAGGAAUAAACACUACAAAACAUGGAAGGAUACUUGGAAUUUCUUACUUCUAUAAAAAUAUAACAACUUUUACGUAAUUGUUACAUACCUUGUGAAGCAUUUGCCAAUUAUUUAGAUAUGUUGUAUGUCUGACUAACUGGAAAAUACGCGUGGAUAUCGAUGUCAUACAUGUGCAUACGUUUUAUGACUAAACAAUUACAUGCAUACGUUGAUUUCGAUGAAACAUGCGCCCCAAUGCACAAUAUGCGUUAUUCGAUGCCUAGUUUUGUUCUCAAGAUACAACUUUCAUCCAAAUUAUUCAAUUUUAUAAUCCAGUGCGCAUGGCAUGGGAUUUCCAUGUUAAUAUAGGUUUGUAGUUUCAUUAUAAUCAGAAAAUCUUCCAAUCUAGUGAAAUUUUAUACCAUGUGGAUAAUUAUAAACUAAUUGAUGGAUGCAUGUAAUUCCUAUAUGUUUUUUAUUACUUAAAAUACCUCCAUAAGGGAAGGAGGAAAACUUUUUAGCCCAAGAAAUGCACGCACAUAGUGCAUAAUUAGUCACAGGGUACGCUAUAUACAAAGAAGGCGUUCCUCGUUAGAUUUCUACCAUAGCAAGUUAAACCCGAUCUUAAUUAAAUUUUUACCAAGAUCUUACUAAAAACAUAAAAUCAACUUUCACUACAAAGUAUAAUUUAUUGGACCAAGUUAAUUAGUGCAGAAUUAGCAAUGAUUCAUACCAUAGAUGUUUAUGCAGAUCAACCAGCCAUGGAAGUAGAACACGGUGGUAAACACUACUCAGAUAAAGUAGUUUUGAACGACGUGAAUUUGAAAGUUGAAAAAGGAAUUAUAUAUGGGCUUCUUGGGCCUUCCGGAUGCGGGAAAACAACCCUUCUGUCCUGUCUCGUUGGUGUGCAACGGUUAAAUGCAGGACGGAUUACAAUAUUUGGCAAGAACGUGACAAAAUAUAAGAAUGGAACGCCUGGCAGAAUGCUGGGUUACAUGCCACAGGAAAUUUCGCUGUACGGAAACUUCACAAUUUUCGAGACUUUCGCCUACUACGGCGUGCUUAAUGGCAUGACGGAAGAACGUAUAAAAUAUAAAUUGACUAAACUUUCGUCCAUUUUAAAUUUACCACAUGUAGCUAAACUUGUGGAUAAAUUAAGUGGUGGCGAACAAAGGCGUGUCUCCUUGGGUGUGGCUUUACUACACAAUCCUCAACUCCUCGUUUUGGACGAACCCACGGUUGGAAUUGAUCCACUAUUGAGAGAAACGAUUUGGGACUAUCUCAAACUUUUAGUCAAAUCUCAGGGAACGACAGUAUUGAUGACGACGCAUUAUGUUGAAGAAACCGCAAACUGCGAGAAAAUUGGCUAUAUCAGGGACGGAUCCCUUAUAGUCGAAGACACUCCUUCCUCAUUACUGCAAAAAUAUGACACCAACAGGUUAGACGACGUCGUGCAUAAGCUUUGCAACAAUGUGGAAAUCAAGGCGACCUGGCAAGACUCUCCGCAAAUUUACGAUGCACCAAGUGUGAAGCCAACCCAACUGAAAUCGUUGAAUGUCAACAAUGUGGUAAAAGUUUGGAACGAAACGAAAUCGAAUGAAGGGUUGACGGGUUGUUUCGACAGCGACAUUUUAAAAGUCCUAGUUAAAAGAAACUUGACAAUCUACGUGCGAAAUCCCUUGAUAAUCCUCCUCGAGUUUAUUGUGUUAGUAUUCAACGUAUAUCUAUUUGUAUAUCUUGCCGGCAAUCAUCCUCUCGGGUUGAAGAUUGGAUUUGUCAAUAAUGAAGGGACAUGUCCAGAAAAUUUUCAGUUAAACGAGUUGAAGAAUCCUGGGAAUUACAGUUGUGCGUUUAUAUCAGAACUUGUUAAGGAAGGUUUGGAUAUGAUUCCAAUUAGUUCUGAAAUGAGGGCACUAAACGAUGUCAAACAAGGGAAGCUUUCGGGUUAUAUAAGCAUCCCUGCGAAUUUUUCAGAGCACUCGAAAGCACGCUUCCUUUUCGGACUGCAUUCCGAUAAUGAAACUCUUGAUGGGUCCACCGUAACAGUUCGUCUAGAUCAUUCAGAAUAUUUAUAUGCAUUCUUCAUCCGGCAAACGUUAUACAGCUCUUUACAAACAUAUAUUCAAUCUAUUGGGCUUCAGUAUGACAUUGACAGCCGAGUAACGACACUUCCGAUUUCGUUCUCCUCCAUUUUCGGACCCGGAGAUGAAAGUUGGAACCCGUUUCUUAUGCCGGCUGGACUGCUAAUAGUAUGGUGUUUUUACGGAACAACUUUGCCACUAUUUUACAUCCAGGACAAAGCCCAGCACACCCUCGCACGGACUCUGGCUACAGGUGUCGAUUAUUACAAGGUCGUCCUCUCCUAUUAUAUUGCGGACAUGCCAUGUGUUAUUUGGCAGUCUGGGAUUAUGCUCAGCGUCAUGGCGUGGGUCAAAUGGGACGAGGUGAAGGGGAGUUGGGGGCUGAUAUUCCUCAUCUUCUAUCUCGUCCGACUUAUAUCGACAUCAAUUUCCAUCUUUGUGGGGACAUUUAGCAAGAAAGAGUUGAACUGCAUAUUUCUUGCCGUCGCUGUUUUGUUCUUCUGUAUUUAUGGGUCAGACACAUUUUGGCCAGUACAGUCCAUCGUUUGGUGGUAUCGACCUUUUUGUUAUUGUCUUCCCAUCACAUAUCCGCUGGGAGUAUUGCGCUCUGUCAUUGCGAAAGGUUGGGGACUUUUCCAUCCAGUGGUUGCAGUGUAUGGAGUUUGUAUUCCUUCGGUGAUGAUACUUGUUCUGUUCGGGGGAGGAAUUUUGAUUGAAAAACGCAACCGAAAAAACUAAUGCGGAACAAAUUUAGAUAUUUUUGUAUUCCGAUAAGUCACUAAUGAGUUUCUUGUACCUUAAUUUAAAAACAUUGCAGUAUUACACUGUGUAAAUAUGAAUUUAGUAAUUAUUGAAUAAAUUUGUGGGAGAUUUCUCCUGGAUUAAUCUAUCUGAA